AUGGCUGAGAUGGUGGAGGAGUUCAGGAAGACCAGAAUCCAAGCGGCUGCUCCUGAUCAUUGUUAUGCUGGACCUGGAGAUGUGGCAUGCGACGUCUGUACAGGUAGAAAACUCAAAGCUGUUAAGUCCUGUCUGGAGUGUCUGCUGUCGUACUGUGACACUCAUUUAAAAACUCACAACGAACUAGUCGGCAAAAACCACACCGUGAUCGACACCACAGGCCAGCUGCAGGAGAGGAUCUGCUCCCGUCAUAAGAAGACAGCAGUGGAGGAGAGUGAGAAGAUGUUUACUGAGAUUGUCUGCUCCAUAGAGAGCAUGUGCUUUGAGCUGAAUAAGCUGAUCAGAGCUCAGGAGAAGGCUGAGGUGAGUCGUACUGAAGGACUCCUGAAGCAACUGGAGCAGGAGAUUGCUGUGUUGAAGAGGACUGAUGCUGAGAUGAAGAAGCUUUCUCUGACACAGGAUCCCAUCUACUUCCUCAAGAACAUGGGAUCCAUCGCUGGUGAUCAAUACAGUGCUGUGGCCAGAAGGACCUUCAGACAAAGCCACUUCUUUGAGCCCCUGAAGGAAUCUGUGUCUGCACUGAAGAUGCAGCUGAAGGAGAAAUUAGAGUCAGUCUUCAAGCAGGAAAAAGUCAAGAUAUCUGCAUUAGCAACUAAGGCACAGAUCAUAACAUGUGUGAACUAG